AAGCUUAGCGGAAAGAAGCAUGAGUCUACUUCAGAUUCUUCUCAAGAAUCAUUAGGACCUCCUUUGAGUAAAGAAGUCCAAGGUUGGCCUCAAGACGAAGAAACCUUCCUAGCCAUUGGAACACUUGGAAACAAUAUCUGCCCCAAGGAAGAAGAAGAAACAGAAUCUAGCAAAGAUCUAACUGCGGUUAAUACAGAUGUUACAAUCGGGAAGAAGAAAUCGCUUUCUUUUCUUCUCAAGAAGAUGUUUGUUUGCACAAGUGGUUUCAAAACUCCACCUCAUCUUCUUGAUUUGUCUAGAGGAGAUACUAUGCCCAAUACUCGAAUGGAAAAGAUGCUUAGGACAAUACUCAACAAGAAGAUACAUCCACAACGUUCAAAUUCCAUUGCAAAAAAGUACUUGGAGAAUAAUCAUAAGAUUAUAGAUGAAGCUCGUUCAAGUGUUGAGGCCAACAAAUGGGUCAAGACUGACUCUGAAUAUAUUGUCUUGGAGAUGUAGAUAUCAACCAAUAAGCUAAAUGGACCUGAUUGAU